UUUGCUCCUAUUUGCCUCUUUUUCUUCCCAAACCAAAGAAUCUACUACCUCUUCUCUCUCCUACUCAUAAGCUCCAUGUCUUGCCAAAUAACAUUCACAUGUCUUUGUUUCUUGUGAAAAAAAUAAAUCAUUUCCAUCUUUUUUCCCCCUUGAACUUGGCCCUCCCCACUCACUAACAACUGCCUCUCAUUAUCCACACACCAAACUCACUCAUCUUCUACUAGGUUGCUGCUAAUGCUCUGAAACCAAAGCUCUAGCCAUGAAUUCCAUAACCCUCUUGCUCCUUUUACCUUUGCUUGCUCAGGUUUUGGAAGUUGAGCCUGCAAGAACUAAGCUUCUGCCAGGGAAACCCAGGCUUCCCAUUUCUCAAAUCAGUGUCAUGGGUUUUGUUUACUGUGAUUUCUGCUCCAACAACAGCUUUUCCAGACACAGCUACUUCUUGCCAGGAGCUGAGGUGAGAGUAGAUUGCAUGUUCAAAGCACUUUCAGAGAAAACUACAGAACAAAUUUCACUUUCAGUGAACAGAACUACAGAUAAAUUUGGGCUGUACAGGCUGGAAAUUCCAUCAGUUGAUGGAGUGAGGUGUGCAGAAGAUUCUGAAGUUGUGUCUUCCUGCAAGGCAAGCUUAAUAGGGAGUUCAUCUUCUUCUUGCAAUGUUCCUGGCUAUAAAAGCACUUCUAAUGUGAUGGCAGUGAAAGCAAGAAAAGCCAAUCUCUGCAUAUACAGCAUCAAUGCUUUGACUUUCAGGCCAUCCAAGAGGGAUAUCACUGUAUGUGGUAAUUAAAGGAAGCAGAUUACACAAGUAGCCUAGUACUUUGGUGAGGUUACUUGUGUAUUCAUUAUUACAAAUUCCCAAAAACAAAAAAGCUCAUAUAUGUUAUCUUGUUCAGCCUUUUGAAGGUCAUAGAUGUCCUCUCUCUUUCUCUUUCACCCUUCAUUGUUUUGCUGCAUUAAUUGUUUGGCAAUACUAUUAUCAUAUUAUGCUAUGCCAAAAAAAAUAUCAUGCAUGUAGAAUUUGGGUGUGGAAUAGUUUGAUUUACCCAGUUGAUUAGGACCUGUUAAAAUGUACUUGAUGAAUAUAGUUUCUAUUUUGUGAAAUUGUAAAGAAUGAGAAAGUUGUUCAACAAAGCAACAUUAUGAUUAAAGUAGUUAAUGUUAUGCA